AUGGGUGAUCAACAGAAUAUAUCGCAGAUACUGGCAGCUCUAGCUGCCGUUCGGCCUGCUGCUGGCGCGCAAUAUGCUUCCCCUACCGGAGCUACCCCAUCAACUGCUCCUCCCCCCUCUACGAAUGCUGGGGGAUACUCGCUACCUCAGCCAGAUAACACCGGCAGCUUGAACAUCGGCGGCGCAACUUCUAUCAAUGCAGGUUCGGUAAGUAUAGCAGAUGCGAUUGCUAAGGCGCGAGGAAUCGCUGCGGAGAAGGGCAUCACAUAUAAACCUACGCCAGCACAGUCUCGAGACACCGGUCGAUCGUCCCAUCGGCGCUCGCGGUCACCGUCCAGGACACCUCCGCGUAAUUCCACUGCUCGAGAUGUGUUUAGAGAUGGAUACAACCCCUAUCGAGACGAACGUCGAGGUGCAGAUAGGCGCGGCGCUGGUGAUCGUGGAUAUGGGCGAGAAAGGUCAUCCUCCCCGAGACCUGGCGCAUACUCGCCUCCUUCAAACAGACAUUACAGAGCUGGUGGUGAUAGGUCACCUCCUCCACGGAACCGAGGGUCGGGGUCAGACGAGAACAACGAGACUAUUGAAAUAGACAACAAGCACGUUGGAUUGAUAAUUGGACGUCAGGGAGAAAACCUUCGACGGAUCGAAAACGAAACAGGUGCUCGUGUUCAGUUCCUUGACAGCGCAGAACAUAACAAGACCAUUCGGCUCUGCAGAUUAUCUGGCCCCAAAUCAAUAAGAGACAAAGCCAAGGCGGAGAUAGACCGUAUCGUGAGCGAAAAUAACCAGGCUCGAAACGACGGUCGACCGAUUGGUCAAGAUGGAAGGCCUAUUGACGCGGACGGCUCUGAGACCACGAAGAUUAUGGUUCCUGAUCGGACGGUUGGUCUUGUCAUCGGACGCUCGGGUGAGACUGUUAGAGACCUUGCUGAGCGGAGUGGAUGUCGCAUCAAUAUUGCCCGUGAUGGAGAGAGCAUCAAUGGCCUACGACCGGUUACCUUGACAGGAUCCCAGCAAGCCAUACAGCGCGCCAAAGAACUGAUAUUGGGCAUUGUAGAAAGUGACACAAGAACAAGCGGGAAUCAAGGGCAGCGGGAACCCAGAGGACAAGGCUCGGGCGGUGAGAAUGGUGGCGGAGGUGAGAAACUGAACGAUAAGAUGUUUAUCCCUAAGGAAUACGUCGGCAUGGUUAUUGGUAAAGGAGGAGAAACAAUAAGAGAACUACAAACCCUAAGUGGCUGUAAAAUCAACAUAUUGCCACUUGUUGCGCGAGAGCCCGAGAGAGAAGUCACUUUCUAUGGCGUCCAGACUGCAAUCGAUGCUGCAAAGAAAGCGGUACUUGCCAAGGUCGAAGCUGCGAAAAACCGCUCGCAAGGACCUAGACGUGAUGAUUCCUACAGCCAGCAAUCCCAAUACCAACAGCAGCAGCAGCCGUAUUCUCAAGACUCCAACACCCAGCAGCAACCUCAACAGCAGCAGCAGGGCAUGCAAGCUGGUGUAGGUGACGGAACAGACCCGUACGCCAUGUAUGGAGGCUAUGAGAACUACAUGGCUAUGUGGUAUGCUGCUUUGGCUCAGCAGCAACAGCAGCAACAGCAACAGCAACAACAAUACCCACAGUACCAAGGUGGAGGAGCGCCGCCUCAAUCCGGCUCAGACCAGCAAGGACCUCCCGGAGUAUCUUAG